AUGGCCGACUCCUCCGAGGAAACGAAAGCAAGCAUGCCACGGCCAGAGUCCAAGGCGGCGCCGAGCGAUGGGAAGUCGCCGCGGCCCGAGGUCAACGCAGCCUUUCAUCCGUCUGGACGAAUGCCCCAUGGUCGCCUCACCCAGUUUCUGCGAGGCCUCGCCUUUGCAGCCUACUUUGCGUUUUGCUGCGUCAUGAUCGCCAUAACGCAACUCGUCGGCGCGCCGCUGUACUUUGUCAACCGCGAAUGGUACUACGCCUACAUGGCCAUGACGAAACGGUCCUUCGCCUUGACCAUGAUCGUCAUGACGCAGAUAUGGGGCCCGACGACGAUUCGCAUCAGCGGCGACGAGUCCGUCGCCGACCAGAUCAAGGCGACGGCCGACGGCGGCGUCCAGUUUUCAUUUCCCGAGCGCAUGGUUUUGAUCGCCAACCACCAGAUUUACACGGAUUGGCUGUAUCUCUGGUGGAUCGGAUACGUCAACCGCCCCGGCAUGGACGGCCACCUGUACAUCAUCCUCAAGGAGUCUCUCCGCUUCAUCCCUCUCAUCGGCAUGGGCAUGAUGUUUUACGGAUUCAUCUUCAUGUCGAGGAAGAUGGCGACGGAUCAACCCCGGCUGGCCCACCGCAUCCGAAAACUGAGCCAGAAGAUGACGGAUCCGAAGGGGAAGCCGUACAUGAGCCCGAUGUGGCUGCUCCUGUUCCCGGAGGGGACGAACCUGUCGUCCAACGGGCGGAAGAAGUCGGCCCAGUGGGCGGAGAAGAACGGCAUCAAGGAUGUCGAGCAUGUCAUGCUCCCGCGCAGCACGGGCAUCUUCUUCUGUCUCAACGAGCUCAAGGGCACCGUCGAAUACCUCUACGACUGCACCGUCGCCUACGAGGGUAUCCCUCGAGGCAAGUACGGCGAAGAGAUCUUCGGCCUUGCCAGCACCUACUUCCAGGGUCGACCGCCGAAAUCGGUCAACUUUUACUGGCGACGUUUCCGCAUGGCCGACAUCCCGCUCGACGACCAGAAGAAGUUUGACGCCUGGCUGCGGGAGGAGUGGUACAAGAAGGACCAGCUGAUGGAGAAAUACCUCACGACGGAACGCUUCCCGGCCAUGGCCGGCGCCAAGCAGCCAUUCAUCGAAACGACGGUGCGCACCAAGUAUCCGUGGGAGAUCUUGCAGGUCUUCACCGUCGUCGGCAUUUGCGGAUUGCUCUGGAACAGCAUGAGGAAGCUCGCGACGGCCGUCGCCAAAGUCUCGAAGCCGUAG